AUGGAGCGUCCGUCAGUGUAUCCGGCGAACUUAACGGAAUUGUUAGCAGUGUCGUACCAAGAUGGUUUUGAUCGUUCGUCGCCAGUUUCUACCGAGGAAGAUAGUCAGUUCGGAGUGGAUUUGACAGGGAAGACGAGUUUGGCUGGGAAGAGUUUUACGAUCGCGGCCAUUUUGGGUUUGUCUGGAGCGGAACAGGAUGCUAUGAACUUGAGUGUGGAGCGGCUGAGGAGCCCACAGCUGGGGUAUUGGGCUGGGCAGGAGAUACAGAGGCUCAAUGAGGGGUUCUGUAGGAGUAUGGCGCCGGCGGGGCUGCGGCAAGACAGCCCCCGGCCUGAGACAAGGCCGCAGUUGAAGCCCCCUCGCAGCCACCUCUCCUGUAGUAGCAGUUCCGGACGAAGCAAACGCAUCAGAACGAUCUUCACACCGGAACAGCUCGAGAGAUUGGAAGCAGAAUUUGAGCGUCAGCAGUACAUGGUCGGCCCCGAGCGACUAUAUCUGGCGCAUGCACUACAACUUACAGAGGCACAGGUGAAGGUGUGGUUCCAGAACAGACGUAUAAAAUGGCGCAAGCAUCACCUGGAGGUCACGCAGCAGCGGUUAGCCGUAUUGCAGAGACACAGACCUGAAGGAGAUGAAGACCUGUAACUCUAAAAAUACUAGAAAUGCUGCAGGAGAAGCAUCAAAAGCAACAAAGCAAGCAAGCAAAGUAAGGGAUCAAAGGGACCUGCAAUCUUGGAUAAAUGGGGACGCAAAGGCCAAAGCAGAAACUGAAAAGACUUUAUAAUUAGAAGAAAGGAUCAAGCUGGAACUUCAAAUUCCCAAAAACUAGGACCCAGGUAUCAUCACCUGGAACUCCUGGAAGGGACACAGCAGCGAUUAGCCGUGCUGCAAAGAUACAGACCUGAAGGAGAUGAAAAUCUGUAACUUUAGAGCUACUAUUGUAAAAUCAAACGAUUGGACCUAACUUAGGAUAGAUAGAGACGCAAAAACCAACAGAACCUAAACAUUUAUGGAAAAAAGAAUAAGCCUGGAACGUCCAGAAGUAGCCACUGAAGGGAAUAGGACCUAAGUAUUUAAUAUAAGCAUCACCUGGAAGUGAUGCAGCAGAGACUAACUAUGCUCCAGAGACACAGACCUCAAGGAGAUAGAUAAGGAUGCGAAAACCAACAA